UCUGAACACAAUUAAGGUGGCCUUUCGAAAUGGCAUCCAUCACUUUUAAAAUCACCCUCAUUACAAUUUGCAUAUUCUCCUCAGUUCUGUCAAUUACUUAUGCAGCAACUGAGGAGGGACAAACAAGACCCUUCAAGAGGGUUUAUGCCUUUGGGGACUCUUUUACCGAUACAGGUAACACUAAGAAUGCCAAUGGUCCAAGUGGGUUUGGUCAUGUAUCAAACUCUCCAUAUGGAACCACCUUCUUUAACCAUUCCACCAACAGGUACUCUGAUGGUAGGCUUGUGAUUGACUUUGUGGCUGAAGCACUAUCUUUGCCUUACUUGCCCCCUUACUGUCACAAAAAAGGCAAUGACACUUUUGGGUUGAACUUUGCUGUUGCUGGUUCUACAGCAAUAAACCAUCUAUUCUUUGUCAGGAACAACCUUACCCUUGAUAUCACUCCUCAGUCCAUCCAAACCCAGCUUCUAUGGUUUAAUAGGUACCUAGAGAGCCAAGGAUGUCAAGGUGUGGAAUCAAAGUGCAAAGAUUUUAAUGAGACUCUAUUUUGGUUUGGUGAGAUUGGAGUCAAUGAUUAUGCCUACACUCUUGGAUCUUCAGUCUCAGAGGACACCAUAAGGAAGCUUGCAAUUAGCAGUAUCUCAGGAGCUUUACAGGCACUGCUUCAGAAGGGUGCAAAAUACCUAGUUGUGCAGGGUUUGCCACCGACCGGUUGCCUUACAUUGGCCAUGUAUCUGGCUCCUCAAGAUGACAGAGAUGACAUUGGAUGUGUUAAAAGCGCCAACAACCAAAGCUACAACCACAACCUUGCGCUGCAAGCCAAAUUACAAGAAUUCAGGAAACAGUACCCCCAUGCUGUCAUUGUCUAUGCUGAUUACUUUAAUGCCUACCAUACUGUCAUAAAGAAUCCAAGCAAAUAUGGUUUCACAGAGGUCUUCAAAGUGUGCUGUGGAUCAGGAGAACCUCCUUACAACUUCAGUGUCUUUGCCACAUGUGGCACACCUAAUGCCACGGCUUGCACAACCCCUUCUCAGUACAUUAAUUGGGAUGGUGUUCACCUCACAGAGACCAUGUAUAAGGUUGUUUCUAAAAUGUUUCUGCAAGGAAACUUCAGCCAACCUCCAUUCAAUUUUUUGUUGGAAAAGAAAGAGAAGCAGGGGUGAAUGGUUCACCCAGGAAUAAUAUUUGGUAUUUGCUUGUCCUUAUGGCUUUAAAGCUUCUGCUAAUGUAACUAUAAGUGAGGGAAUUUGAUUUUAUCUUUUUUUGGUAGAACUUGUGUCCACUGCAUCAUAUAUGAGACGUUAACUGGAAUGUUGUAUUUGUAUCAUUUGCCAUGGUUAUCGUUAGCAGAACAUGAUAAACCGUAAUUAGCACAUGCUUG